AUGAGGCUGGCUGUGCUCUUCUCUGGGGCCUUGCUGGGAUUACUAGCAGCUGAGGGGACAGGGAACGACUGUCCUCAUAAAAAGUCAGCCACUCUGCUGCCAUCCUUCACGGUGACGCCUGCCAUGACCACAGAAAGCACUGCAAGUCCCACAACCAAGGGCCACGGAAUUACCACCACCAGCCAUGGAUCCCAAACCACUCUGAAUCCUUCCAUCAGCAGCAGCCCUGGAAACGCUACAGUCCAUCCAACAAGUGCCAGCAGCCCAGGAGUUACCACUUCCCACCCAGGACCACCUCCACCCUCUCCCAGUCCCAGCCCUGGCUCCAAAGAAGCUAUAGGAGACUAUACCUGGCCUAAUGGUUCCCAGCCCUGUGUCCGGCUCCAAGCCCAGAUACAGAUUCGAGUCCUCUACCCAACCCAUGAUGGAGGAGAGCUGUGGGGCCUCUCUAUAUUGAACGCCAACAAAACCAAAGCCCUGGGCAGCUGUCAGGGUGCACAUCCCCACCUGUUUCUCUCAUUCCCCUAUGGACACCUCAGCUUUGGCUUCAAGCAGGACCCUGUUGGGAGCUCUGUUUAUCUGAACUACAUGGCUGUGGAGUACAAUGUGUCCUUCCCCAAGGCAGCACAGUGGAUAUUCUCAGCUCAGAAUUCAUCACUUCGAGAUCUCCAAGCCCCACUGGGUCAAAGCUUCAGCUGCAGAAAUGCAAGCAUCAUUCUUUCACCAACUUUCCAUCUCAACCUGUUAUCCUUGAAACUUCAAGCUGCUCAGCUAUCCCCUACAGGGGUGUUUGGACCAAGUUUCUCCUGUCCCAGUGACCAGUCCAUCAUGCUGCCUCUCAUCAUCGGAUUGGUCCUCCUUGGCCUCCUCAUGCUGGUGCUUGUUGCCUUCUGCAUUGUCCGGAGACGCCCAUCCACUUACCAACCUCUCUGA